CGGAGCAGUUUCGGGGUGGGGUUUAGGGGGUUGAUGAAGGUGGGGAGGGGAGGGAAGAGGAGUGGUGGUGGUGUCUUGCUUGUGAGUAUGCUAUUGAGGUAUAUGUAUACGUAUUAUUCAUGCCUCUGGCAUGUGUCUUGUGCAUGCCAGUAUGUAAAGAUACACUAUAUUUACAAGUCGCGUCUACGAGACGCUCGCUGCUCAAAGCCUUUGUUCCUCAGGCCGAGCCGUCAUGUUCGUCUGUCAGUAUACCCUCUGAUUACAUGCUCUUUGACUGGACUGAACUGAACUGAACUGAACCGAAGGAAGUGUCCUGUUCAACCCUCCGAACGUCCCCCUUGAAGGCAUAUCUUCCUCGUUCUACGCACCUCUCUUCUUCCAGAUUUCCAUUUCGCCUCACGGACGGAUAUAGAUCCUCUCUCCUUUGUGAAGUAUUUAGUGUUUCGUACUUAGUUUUGAGUUUUGAGUUUUGAAUGUGGAGUGC